AUGCUUCGAAUUGUUCUAGCCUUUAUUUUAGUGAGCGCUGGCGCGUCUGGGGUCCUCGGACAGACAGACUACUGUGCCGCCGGCCUGUGUGGAAGUAGUCAACACAUUGCGUGUAACAACAAUGGGGCCUGGGCUGCCAAGUGUCCGACCAGUCCGGCACCCCAGCUCAUCGAAUUGAAUCUGGCACAGAGAAAACAUGUGGUGCGUUUGCACAACGUGAGGCGCAACAAUCUGGCCUUGGGCAAGCUGGCCAAAUACCAGCCAGCCAGAAGAAUGGCCACCAUGCGCUGGAGUCCCGAGCUGGCUAAGCUGGCCGCCUUCAAUGUGCGCCAGUGCGAGAUGAAGCACGACGCUUGCCACAACACGAACAAGUUUAAGGCCAGUGGCCAGAACUUGGCUGUGGUAAGCUACUCUGGCAAUGGAGCAGCUCGCACCAUCCAGGAACUGUUGACCUCCUCCAUAAAAAUGUGGUGGAAUGAGCGUAAGGAUGCCAACAUGAAUGUUAUCAGAAGCUAUCCAAAUAACUGGUCUGGACCGGCUAUUGGUCACUUCACUGCCAUGGCUCGGGACUACAACAUUGCCGUGGGCUGUGCAGCUGCCAGGUACAAAAAUGGCAUAUGGAAUAACUUCCUCUUGGCCUGCAACUACGCCGCGACCAACUGGAUUGGCGAAGCCGUCUAUGAGAGUGGCGCAACCGCAUCUGGCUGCACCACGGGCACGAAUAUCAACUAUGCGGGUCUCUGCAAGGUGGCAGAAGUCUAUAACGUAUAAGCUGCGUCUUUGACAGCCCUAAUAAAAAAUAAAACACAAAUCAAUGCAAUUAA